UCCCCGAUCAUCACGCUCAGCGCAGGGCCGGUCGAUGCGUACCCCGUGGUCCUGCGCGCACUCUCGCGGCCCGUCACCUACGACUUCGAUCCCUCCUUCCAGAAAUUCUACGAAUCGACCGUCCUCAAGACCGCCGAGUCGCUGGGCACGGCGCGGCCGCCGGUGAUCCUGCAGGGCGAGCCGGUGUUGGGCCUCGAAGCCGCGGCUGCCGCCCUGAUCGGCGCCGACGACGUGGUCCUGAACCUUGCGUCCGGCGAAUACGGCAAGGGCUUCGGCUUCUGGGCGGCGCGCCAUUGCCGGGAACUGGUCGAGAUCGAGGUGCCCUACGACGACGCCAUCGAUCCCGAGGCCGUCAGCGACAUGCUGAAGGCCCGGCCGGACAUCCGCAUUCUCUCCGUCUGCCACCACGAUACGCCGUCGGGGACGGUAAACCCGGUGCGCGAGAUCGGCGCGAUCUGCCGCGCGCACGACGUGCUGACCAUCGUGGACGCGGUCUCCUCCUUCGGCGGCAUGGACGUUCAUCCGGAGGAUGUGAAUGCUGACAUAUUCGUGACCAGCCCCAGCAAGUGCCUGGGCGGGAGCACGGGUCUUUGCAUCGUCCACGUCAGCGAGCGCGCCUGGGCGAAAAUCGACGCCAACCCCGCCGCGCCCACGGGCUCCGUGCUCAGCCUCAAGGACUGGCGGGACGCCUGGCGUCCGGACGUCCUGUUCCCGUUCACGCCGUCGGUCUCCGAGAUCCAUGCGCUGGACGCUGCCGUGCAGAACUACCUCGACGAGGGGCCGGAGGCGGUGUGGGCGCGUCACGCGCUGACGGCGCGCGCCUGCCGCGCCGGAGUCCGCGCCAUGGGGCUCGACCUAUGGCCCGUGCGCGAAUCCAUCUGCGCCGAUACCGCGACCACGGUGCGGGUGCCGGCGGGCCUCGAGGAUGCGGCGAUCCGGCAGGAGGCGCGCCGGCGCUACGGCGUGGUCUUCUCCGCCGGCCGGGGCUCGCUGCUCGGCAAGCUCGUGCGAAUCGGCCACAUGGGGCCGGUUGCGCGGCCGAUUUAUGCGGUCGUUGCGGUCACCGCGCUCGGCGGCGCCAUUGCGGCGCUGGGCGGGCGGGCCGACGUGGGGGCGGGUGUCGAGGCGGUGCUUGCGGCGAUCGACGGCGCCGAGUAA